AUGAACGAUUUUUUUUCGUUAAACUUGUGCAAGUUUUCACGCUCUUCUUUCGAACAGGCGGUACUUUUAGCGAUGGUCUUGGUAGGAGUUCGGAACGAACCGCAAGGCCCGGCCUAUCUUCCACCCAGCUCUCGACCAGCUGCAGGAGGAGGGGGGACCGGUCAUCCGGAUGAAUGGGCCGGUGAUCCGGCAAACUACGAGUUCUCGUACGAGGUUCAAGACGCGGCGGCUGGUCUGGACUUCGGUCAUCGCGAGAUGAGGAAGGACAUGGAAGCCACCGGGACUUAUCACGUGCUACUACCGGACGGUAGGACCCAGAUUGUCGACUACGUCGCCGAUCAGGCCGGAUAUCGGCCGAUGAUACGAUACGAAGGGACCGCGACUUAUCCCGCGCCAGGAGGACCGGGAGGACAGGAUGAAGGCUACAGAUAUUAAGGCCUUAACUCUUUCGUGGUUAAGCACCGAUCUUUAAACGCAUUCCGAAAAGAUUAACUACUAUUAUUGUAAAGACAAUUCUUAUAUAAAUACAUCACGAGCUCGAUCGUGUUUCGCAAGCAAUCGAAUUAUCGAGUAAUUAGCGAAGUUGUCGGAUGCUAGAACGAAUAAUACUUUGCGGGCAUUCGAGUUAUGCGACCCGAAUAAAUGAUGUAACGGACAAUGCGGAUGAUCUUUCGUUCGGAGAACAAACAUGAACGAAAUGUUUGCCAUGAUAAUGACAACUAUUAUUUUAUUUAU